UCAUGAGGUUAUCCUGGGCUCUUGUCCACUCAAGACAGCCAGAAGAUGUCCAGCGAGGAAUAGCUAUGCUUGAAGCUUCUCUGGCUGGUGCACUUACUCCACUUCAGAAGAGGGAGAAGCUUUAUCUUCUCUCAGUUGGAUAUUACAGAAGUGGUGACUAUUCAAAGAGCAGGCAACUAUUGGAUCGAUGUUUGGAGAUUGCACCAGAUUUUAGGCAAGCUUUGAGCCUGAAGAAAACAGUUGAAGAUCGAAUAGCAAAAGAUGGUGUGAUUGGCAUUGGCAUCGCUGCAACUGCUGUUGGGCUUUUGGCUGGUGGUAUUGCUGCAGCAGUGGCACGUAAAAGAUGAUAUGGUUAAACUCAUGCAGUGGCACGUAAGAAAUGAUACAGUUCAAGCCCACAAUAUAUUUUCUGUUGUGCAUAACAAUCUCCUCACUCUAUAUCACCUAGGUCA